CAUCACUGCGCGUCAGUUCCAUUUUAUUUAUGACCAUAAAAACUGGACAGAUGCUAAGAGCUACUGCAGAGAAAAAUUUACGGACCUGGCAACUGUUAACAACAUGGAAGACGUAGCAAUCCUGGAAACGUUGGCAAAUUUGACAAAAAUGGUCUACACCGCUUACAGCUAUCGAGCUUGGAUUGGAUUAUUUGAUGACGAGAACAGCUGGAGGUGGUCCAUAUCUAACACCAGUUUCUACAAAGAUGGCGAAAUGGAGUUUAGAAGCUGGGCCACUAAUCAACCGAAUGAAUACGCGACGUUUGAGUAUUGCGUGAGAACGGAUGCAUCUGGAAAGUGGCACGACUUCGACUGUAAAAUGUCCUUUAAAGUAAUCUGCUCUGAUGUGGAGGGUCAGAAUGUGACUUUUGUAUACAUCAACAUUAAUUUGAAUUGGACUGCAGCUCAGGACUACUGCAGGGAACACCACACAGACCUGGCCAGCGUCAGAAACAAAAUGGAGAAUGACAGGAUCAGUAAGCUGAUUCCUGUGGGACAAUUUGCCUGGAUUGGUCUUUCCAGAAGCACUUGGAAGUGGGUGGAUGGAAGGAAACCUUCACUGAACUACUGGUCAAACAAUGAGCCAAAUGGAGCUGCAGAAAAUUGUGGAGUAGGAUACUUUGGCUCAGGCAAUUCUGGAAGAUGGGAGGACUGGCAAUGUGCCCACAAGAUAGCAUUUGUUUGCUUUAGUGAUUCGAGGCACGUGGUGAAACUGAAGCUGGUGAGAAGCUCCGCUGUGAAUCUGAAUGACACCACUGUGCAAGAAGACAUCCUGAAGCAGCUGAUGCAGAAGCUGCUCGACCAGGAAGGAAAAGAAAACUUCAAGCUGAGCUGGAAGAAACAAUCAGAUGGAAAUGUCUUCUAUACAGAGAAGAAGAAAGAUGAGAUUUAAAAUGAGAACAAUUGGCUUUGUAAGACAUUUUCUCCAUUUUUGUUCUCUUUUUUGUUAUCUAACUUCUGACUAUAUUAAAGAACAAUGACAUUUGUACCAUUAGUGAUGUUAUACUUUUAGGAAUAAAUUCAAGUAUUGUUGUAACAGCUUAACUAAGGUGGUUCAUUCAGAAGACACAUUUAACAAAAUGUCAAAAUGCUUCUUUAUAAUAAAUCUCCAGAUGAAGGGUCGGAGUGCAUAUACACCCGAUCAAUAAAAUGCUCUGAUCCAAAUCAAA